AUGUUGCUUCUCCCAGUUAAUGCUUUCCCAACUUGUUUACCCUUUAUUGGGGCAAAAGUUGAAGACUUUGUUGUGCCAACUACAGUCAAUUCGGGGCAAUCACGUCGAGAUUUAUUGAAUCUCUCUAAGAGUUUGAAGACACCAGAGCAUGGUGAAUGCCAGGUCUCUUGUAAAAUCCUCUUGAGAUUAUUUCUCCUCACCAACCAUAUAGCUUGGGGAAUUUUAGAAGUGAAGUUAUUCACAAGAAUUGUUGUGCAACAUGCAGCUUAUCAGCAGUAA